UAAAAUAGGACGAACCCCACACCCCCACACAAUUCCAUAAUUUAAAACCAACGUUUGGGACCUUUCGCCAUGAAAACCCAUGGGCCCCACAGGCCGGCCACACAGAUAUGAUUCGACCACAUUUCCAUUUUCCACACUGUUGUUGAAGAACAAGAACAACACAGAAGAAAAAGAAGCCACCCUUCUCAACUGAUGUUAGAAUCAGAAUAAAAAAACAAAACAAAAAACAAAAACAAAAAUUCAAAGAGAGAGAAAAGUUGGUGGUGGGUAGAGAGAGAAAGUUGAAAAAGUUAGAUGAAAAAGGGGGGUGAAGAAGGAGAAGAAAAAGGUGGGGGAGAGGAGGAGGAGGAGCCACCACCCAAAAAGCAACAAAAUUUAGGGGAAAAAUUAAGGAGAAUAGCAGGCAAAAGAGGCGGACAAUUCACCCCUGUUUUGCCCUUCCCUGUUCAAAUCAGCAACGGUGGUGCGCAAGAUAGCGUCGGCGGUGCGCAAGAUAGAGAGUUGGCAGUAGAGGAGGAAGAAAACCCUGGUUUGAGUCUCACAGUUUCUUUGCCUCCUUCUGCUUCUGCUAGAAAGCUUGCUGCCACUUUUUGGGAGCUUCACCAGUACAGACUUCCUUUUGCUAAAAUGCACAACGGUGGUGGAGGCGGAGGGAACAGGAGGAACCACCGGUAUCAGCAGCUCCAACACCAUCACCAUCAUCACCUCCGGCAUCAUCUUCUCGAGGAUAACCAUGAUCCUUCCCCUGCUUCCCCUGAUCUGGGGAGUGCUAGUACUCUGAGAAGACACGUGGCGGCAUCACUGAUGCAACAUCACCGAACGACUCAAAGAAAUCAAACCGCCAUUAGAGCAGUCUCACCUGCAAGUUAUGGAAGUAGUUCAAUGGAGGUCGCACCUUACAAUCCAGCUGUCACUCCCACAAGUUCUAUAGAAUUCAAAGGAGGAAACGGAGAAACAAAUUACAAUCUCAAAACAUCCACCGAGCUUCUUAAAGUUUUAAAUCGAAUUUGGACUCUUGAAGAACAACACACAACAAACGUAAACCUAGUUCGCGCUUUAAAACGCGAACUAGACCUGUCACGGGCCAAAAUCAAAGAACUGGCCCGGGAGAGACAGUCUGAUCGCCAUGAAAUUCAACAUCUUAUGAAUCAAAUUUCACAAGAUAAACAAGGUCAGUCCGUGAGAGACGAGCUUGAAGAUGAAAGAAAAUUACGAAAACGGUCGGAGACACUUCAUAGGAAAUUGGCUCGGGAGCUUUACGAGACGAAAACGACCCUCGCAAACGCGUUACGUGACUUAGAAAACGAGAGACGAUCAAGGGUAAUUUUGGAAGAUCUCUGCGACGAAUUCGCUUGGGGGAUUAAAAACUAUGAACAAGAAUUGCAUAAUUUUAAGCAUAUAAACCCCGAUAAAAGAGCGGUGCGUGACGGUUUGAUUCUCCAUAUAUCCGAAUCUUGGCUCGAUGAGCGAAUGCAAACAAAUCAAGAAAAAACUACGAAAAAAAACUCGGUAGUUGAAAAGUUAAGUUCAGAAAUCGAAACUUUCCUUGAUGCGAAACGAAACGGUGCACGGGGGUCGGGAUCGGCAGUGGGACCCACGGCUCGAAGGCGGCAUUCGCUUGAGUCGAUCGCGUUGAAUUUGGCGGCUAGUGCUCCUCCUGAUGAUGGUGAUGAUGGUUCUUCAGAUGGUGGUGAUUCACCUUGUUUUGAGCUCGAUAAACCGGUUGCCCGUGGGAAGGGCGAAAUCGUAAAUUCAACUAUGAAACCGGAUCACGGUAAGAAGAAACUUGCGACCCAAGUAACCGGAAAGGGUCGUGAUUCUUCUAGCUUGCAGGUGAAGUUUGAAGAACAAAUGGCUCAGGCGAUAUUAGGUCAAGAAGAGACAAAAAUAAAAACCGAAGAGGAAAACCAUGUAGAAAUAACCGAAGAGGUAGGUUUGAACUCGAAAUACUUGGAUAGUUUACUAAAAAAUCACUAUUUGCAAACGGGAAAUGACUUAGAUGCCCCUGGUAGUAAACCCGUAUGGGAAAGUCAUCCAAGUCCCGUUCGAGGAUGGACCACGAAGCUACCCAUAGAAGAUCUUGAGAUUUCCGAGUCAAAGUCAAAAGUCACACCCGAGUCAAAGGACCAAACAAGCUUAAAGUCAAAGCUACUCGAAGCACGAACGCGGGGUCAAAGAUCAGGCACUCGGGUUAAAUCUAACAAGAUCUCAUUCUAAACGUAUUAUUUGUUUCUUUUUCUUUCUUCGUGUGCAUAAUCUACAUAUCAUUGUAACAUGUUUUUCCAGUUUUCAAUACCAUAAUAUGCUUAUAUUCCUUACAAAA